AUGGCUGUUGGAAGACCACCAUUCAGAUGGUUCAGGGCGCAGACCAUCCUGAUUCUGAACAUACUCGCCGCCAUUGUUGCAGCCACUUCGACCACAUCAACGACCGCCCCGGCUCCUCCUACGUGUCCCUUCCGCACCGUCAACUAUAUCACCCAUAGUCUCCCUCAGCAAUGCCUGACGGACAGUCGCAGAGCCAACCCAACAUCAAGUACGACCGAAGGGUCUAGCCUUACCUCAGCGGACUUACCCUUUUCUACUCAGACUUCGUUCGAAAACAGUGAUAGCGGCCCGACCACUUCUGCUACCUCUGCAGUCUCAAGCGCAUAUGAGUACAUCUCGAACCCGGCGGACAAUGCGACGGCAACCACCGAACUCACACAACCUGCCUCGAGUCCAUCCUCCGUUGGACAACCCACAACCUCAGCCGGUCCUCCUCCCGACGGCGCGGACGAAGAGUCGCCUCUCGAGGAUGGAAAGUUCUUGUCAUUCGAGGAUUGGAAACGGGAGAAUUUGAGAAAGGCUGGACAGUCAGACUAUGUGGGCAAAGGACAUGGCAUUGAUCGGGAGACCAAGAAACGUCCAAGUUUCGUGCAAGAUUCGCUUGAUGCUCUCGGGGACGACGCAGAAAUCGACCUCGACUUUUCCGGAUUUGUGUCAGAUGGACUGGAGCCGAUUACCCAGGCCCCUUCGCGGAGCAGCCAGAAACCCGACGACGGCGCCGGCAGCAUCAGACUGAGUCAUGCUCCAAGAGCCGGUGUACGGAACAAAGAUGCCGGGACGACGUGCAAGGAGAGAUUCAACUAUGCUUCUUUUGACUGUGCAGCAAGUGUCCUCAAAACGAACCCAGAAGCGAAGAGCCCGUCGGCUGUGCUUGGAAAGAACAAGGACUCUUAUAUGCUGAAUGAAUGUUCCGCGCAAAACAAAUUUCUCAUUCUGGAAUUGUGCGAUGAUAUCUCCAUAGACACCAUCGUGCUGGCAAAUUUCGAGUUCUUCAGCUCAACGUUUCGAACCUUCCGAGUCAGUGUAUCCGACAAGUAUCCCGUCAAGAUCGAUAAGUGGAAGACGUUAGGAACAUUUGAGGCUCGCAAUACUCGAGACGUUCAAGCGUUCUUGGUCGAGAAUCCUGUCAUUUGGGCUCGUUAUUUGCGCAUUGAAUUCCUCACGCACUAUGGCAAUGAAUACUACUGUCCAGUCAGUCUGGUGCGGGUGCAUGGGACAACCAUGCUCGAAGACUAUAAGCACGACUUGGAGUCGCUGCAGAUGGAGGACGACGAGCUUGACUCCCAGGAUGGCGAGGAAAGCUCUGCUGUGGAUGAGCUAGUACCUGAGGCAGUGGCUGAAUCGCUAUUCCAGAAAACAGAGGCUGUCGAAGAUCCUGUUCAGUCCGUCGAAGCAGGCGACUCGACUCCCAACGUAACAUCUUCAACCCGGUCAAGUACCGCAAGUACCACUCACACUUCAGCCACCUUGGCCGUCGUAACUCCCAUGCCCACCUCUCCUGCCAACUUUUCAGGCGCGUUUGAUGGUCUGAUCAUGGCUGGCGAGGCAUUUGGUGUGUGCCAAAAAGUCGACACUGUCACAACCAGCACGUUCGAAGUGUCAGAAUCAAAGCCCAGCGUUCAAAGUGAAAGCGUGGAAGAAGUGACAGCGAUAUCUGGCUCCAUCGUUGCCAAUGCUUCAGAAACCGUCUCGACUACGACCACCGAAUCUUCCUCAAUGAGGCCUGUUACAAUUGCCAAUGAUUCCCCGAGUCUCACCCAUAAACAAGAUAUCCCAGGCAACUCGUCCCUUUCACGAGACUCAUCAUCUACAGCCGUUAGCAACAGCACCAAAAUGUCUGCAUCUUCGACACAAUCCUCACCUCCAGCUCCCACAAUACAAGAGUCGUUCUUCAAAUCUGUCCAAAAGCGCCUGCAACAGCUGGAAUCGAACUCAUCGCUUUCGCUGCAGUAUAUAGAAGAACAAUCCCGUGCACUUCGGGACGCCUUCCAGAAAGUCGAGCAAAGACAGCUGGCGAAAACCACGUCUUUCCUGGACUACCUCAACCAUACGGUGCUGAACGAACUCAGAGACUUCCGGCAGCAAUACGACCAACUCUGGCAAUCCACCGUGAUCGAGCUUGAGCUACAACGAGAACGUUACCAGCAAGAGAAUCUUGCCAUCAAUGCUCGUCUUGGCAUUCUCGCAGAUGAAGUCAUUUUUCAAAAGCGAAUGUCCAUCCUGCAAAUGAUUCUGAUUUUGAUCUGCUUAGGACUUGUCAUUUUCUCCAGAGGGUCCUUGAACAGUUACCGAGAGUUGCCUUUGGUGCAGAGUGUAUUGGCCAGGUCUCCUAGUUCUAGAUGGUUGACUCUCUCCAGCCUGGACACCCCAGCUGACAGCCCUGCCCCGAGCAGAUCCCAGUCUACCAGAAGCGAACAUGCACGUCAGGGCAUUCUGAAAGGUCAUCGCCGCGCAGCCUCGGAAGAAUCGGUUAUUGGAACCCUCAGUCCCUCCGACCUCUACUCGUCGCCCACCCCGGUCAGCUUUGGUAGUAACCUCUCGGAGGAAAACGAGAGUAGGGAAGAGAGGAACGAACUGGGCGACCCACUGUUCGACCCCAGCUUAAUUGAACGACCCCGUACGAGUCCUCCAAUUCUGCCGGGGACAGAAACACCGCCCGAUUCAGACUCGAACGGCGAUCAUCGGGACAGCAGCACUAUUGAUUCGGUGCUAUUGAGCUCGCCUACCGAUCGCACGGAGCGAAAGACUCCCACUUUGGUCAUCAACGAUGCUACGCCGCCUUCCAAACGCCUCACCUGGCAGCUUCCGGACGCUUGA